AUGUCAACGCUUAGUUACAGCAAAUGGGAUCACAUCGAGGUACACAGUCCGCCUCUCUUAACAUUCUAUAUCAGAUUUCUGAUGACGAGGACGACACUCACCCGAAUAUAGAUACCCCCAGUCUUUUCCGUUGGCGCCAUCAAGCUAGACUUGAACGGGACACUGCCUGGAAAAAGGAGAAGGAAGACUUUGAAAAGGACUUAAAAGCUCAUCUUAAGGCCUACCAGUCAGCUCGAGAGGAGUACGAAGCAGCUGUCAAGGUAUAUUCGAUCAGUUUUCUAACGGUCAGGCCAAUGCUCCUAACCUCAAAGAGCUCGAAGAGAAGUUAAAUAAACUAAAAGUGGAGGAUGCCAAAUGGCAGGAGAGGCAAAAGGAAAUGGCAAAGAAAGAAAGGGUACACAUUUUGAAGUUUUCUUAUAUGUAUGCAUAGCUGAGACCCCUGAACAUUGACACGAUUUGCAAGGAGGGGAAAUCGAAAACGGUAAGUGUCAAAUGCCAGCAUUAUGCUGUCUAACUUAUGGGUCCUUUAACCAUACCUGUCUCCCUUAAUCAUGUAUGUGAAUCUCACUCUGUAAUAGUGCCCAUUUUUGGAGCCCAUCGGUAUCGAAAUAUUCGUCGAGAAUCCUGUUGCCACAGGGAAGCACUCAUGUGCCGUACUAGUAAUUUUAGAGCUAGACACGGAAAGCUUUCAUCAACUCUGUUACCGCAGCUCAUGGUUUCGCUGCCACCUUUGAAGCUUUUGCUAUUGUCACCAUUUGCACCACCAUCUUUCCCUAAGCUAUGAGCCCCAAGAAAGUAGGUUCGGACUAAUUGUCGCACCGCCAGGUUUCCAGUAGAUACUGCGAAUUAGGAAGGUCUGGAUGAAAUUUUAGGCUAUUGGAUUAUUGCUCCCGAGAUCCUGCCUGAUUAACGGCUAACAGCGUUUGAAAUCACGUUUAUGGUUUACUGCCAACAAAAUACUAAAAUCAGUCGACAGUCCCUGUCAGAGAUAGGACUUACUCUGUUAACCACGUCAAAGAUUUCUAGAGGCAACUGCGGGGACCAUCCAUGCUGCUCAGGCGGUUUCGUCAGUCUUCUGUAACUACUGGUCAGCUGCAGCCACUCGCAAUAUGUUGGAGACCCUAUAUUCCCACUCGUCUGAUAAUUUAUGUUUGCUGGUCGAACUUUUCAUGUUCAUUUUUCCCACCCAGACACCGAAGCACUCUUUACUUCAGUAACAUGUAUUCCUCGUCACUGUCGUCACCCGUAUGUCUGACAUGUAAACUUGGACCCAUUAUCCGAUGGUUUUAGUGUUACGCUUAAAUAUACUAUUAGCUGCCUGUCAGCGCUAAGGAAUAUUACGCGGUUAUCCCGCUGUAGCUGAUUGACUUCGGCCCACAUGCUCCUACAUCAUAUUUCGCUCUGUGCCUAUAAACUUUGGUAUAAACUAAAUUGCUCCCAGUCCGCAGUUCUGAGGAGAUUAAAAAAACUAUCCGAUGGUUUAUCUCUAAAAUGCAGUGGAGGACCGAGCACGAGGUCCAUCAACAAUUGCCUAAAGAUCUUUGGCCCUAACAUUGCGGAACCCUGAACAAAGUUUGAUCUGGAAUCCCUAACAAAAGCAAAACUCGGACAUUACCUUAGAAUUUCCCCGUUAAUUGUGUCGCUCCACAAAAGAACUGUCCUCGAAUGACAGUGUUGAGGUCUCACAGCGCUCUCGUUAACUCUUAGCAGGACAUCCUCAUUUGGAGCUGGUGUCAGGCGUCUCGUAAUUAUUCGCUACUGCUCUUGAGAACCCGUUUUCAUGUAAAAGUACCUCCCUGUGCUCAUGUGAUCACGCACGGGCUACCAAAUGAUAAGGGUUUCUACGCAUUUUUUGUUGACUUUUAGAUCAUUAAUGCUGCUACACUACAACACGAAGAAAAAUCCGAGGAGGAUGCAGCUGAUCGUCUUAAGACCUUUGUAGAGAAACAUGAUAAGGAAAUAAAGAAGCUGGGCAUGUUUCGGAAACCUGUCGAUACUCAAAAGUUCCUUGUUGAGAACCCAAAUCUUGUCUGUGAGGAAACAGCCAACCAAUUGGUUCUUUGGUGUCUUGACCUCGCCAUGGAGGAGGUAAUUUGCAUCGCAUUUUCUAUUUGCUGUCCCAGUUUGACAACUUCAUUAAUUCCAAAGACAUUUUCGGGUUUUGUCCUAUGCGGAGGUGAGCUUCCCUCCCAGGUUAACAGUUUAGGUUUUAACAGAGCCUGCGUAGUCUCCACAUUUUGUAUUUUAGUCUUCGAGCGUUUACACUUCAAGCCUUUUGCACUUUUCUGCAGAAAUUUGAACUAAUGGACCACGUAUCUCACCAGUGCAUUGUCAUGCAAUUCAUGCUUGAGCUAGCCAAAUCUUUGAAAUGCGACCCCCGAUCGUGUAUUCGACCAUUCUUCGCCAAGUGAGUAAAUUCACUUUUCUCUGGACAUUGGUCGAAGUUUUUAAAUGCACUAGUCAGAUACUUUACCGAUCUUCUUUGCUCUGAGCAAUAGAACCAGACCAUCGUUGUGGUUAAUUAACUCGAUAUGCAGUGUCCACUACCCGCUGCCCUAUAAGUGUCCGUCACACCAGAUAAUGGCCGCCCGCAGUGAACAGAAUAGGAGAUCUGAUAUCAAAUUUGGCCUGAUAAAGCAAACAUGCAGCAUUAUUGUAGUGUUCAGAUAAAUUAUCAUAUUCUAACGAGGAAGUGGAGUCCGAAAUUUCUGUAGUCGGGGACAUAUUAGGAAGAUACCUUGGGCCAUUCACGAAAAACGGUUGGUAUGGUUGGGCACAUUUUCGGUUUUCCAUCUCAUGAAUGCAUUGCCAGUAUACCCAAUCCAACAUUUCCUAUUUCCCAGAAGGGCCUUAGAGCGGAAGAUGGCUUUGUUGUCGCUGGCAAAUGGUGGGGAUUAAGUUCCAAAUACUCCUCUUCUAAGAGUUGUUUGUUUAGUUUUGUAUUUUUUGAAGACAGUUCGUAAUACUGGUUUCGAGCCUCAUUUUUCGAGCACAUGACGUCGCAGAUAAUAGCCGUCCAUUACAGUUGGUUGGCGCCAGCCUCACGCGAUAAGUUGUUCCACUUGUAGCGCAAACCACGCAGGACUGUUUGCCCAGAGUCGUGUAUGCGCUCUAAGGGAAGCCUUCUACAUGUACAGCUGACAUCUUUACUUUGAAAAAUUCGCACAGUUUCUUGUCAGUGCCAAUUUCAGAUGAGGUGACAAUCUGGAUAAUUUCAUUACCACGUCAACGUUGGAGCGGCCAAUAGCGGUUGUGGAAUGAUCCUUAUCCAAGACUGCUUGCGAAGAGUGCAGACGUUCGAGGUCUGGCACCCCGAAUACCUCAAAGCACGAUCGAGCUCUAUGGCGGUGACCAUCGACAACCAGGAAAUGAGUCUACAUGUCACCGCGGCCAUGGAGUUUGAUUUUCGAGCCAAAGCGCUAGAGGGGGCCACUUGGACUCUGACAACCAGAUGCAGGUGGAUAAUAUGUGAACUAAACGGCUCCCUCGGAAACAGAUCCCUGCUACUGGAUGCUAUAAUAUGCCAAUUUUUCUCGGUCCUGGUGCCCAAAGUCUGAUUAUCAGCCUGUUCCGGGCCCAAAUCUUCGGCAUAGGCUUGAAAUUAAUCAAGAUCCUGGUGUCCGCGGCCACUUUAUCACGCCUCACGCAACUCCUCUGGUAGUCAUGGCGCGGUAAUCUAACAGCCGACGAAUAACGCAUUGCUUGCAUGGAAAUAAGUUGGUGGCCGGUUGAUUUAUGCAUGGAUGAAGGGACAUUUUGUCAGCGUGAGAACGAACUCUUCUGUUCUCAUCCUCAAGAAUUCAUUAGAAAGCUCUCUCGACAUGAUCUGCUAAUUUUUUUCGGGUACUGGGAUGGCCGGACUGUGUCAGGUGACUCUUGAAAUGGCCACCGUAUUUACCGCCUCGGAAUUGACUUUCGAUGCGAGAUUGGCGAAGGGAUGGUGAGAAUCGCUGACCAGAACCAGCUGUCGCCAACAUUUCCUUCCGGCGUCGCAAUCAUCUGCUCACUUUAAAUUCCGGUGAUGGUCAUACGGUUAGGGAGAUUAAUUACAUUAAAUCCAAUUCAAGGUUUCAUUGGUGGUUUUUUUGAUAGCAGUGGUUCCGGGACCGGCAAGGUUUAUGGAUCAGAAUAUGCUUUUUCGCGCGCACGCGCGCACUUGAAAGUUCGUCGUCUAUCCGUGUCAAAAAAGGCCUCGUCCAAACUGCGGGAUUUAGACAAACCAGCCCAGUGGAGGCACUAAGCACAGAUGUCCAGUCUUGCUUCUCUGUCCGAGUCGAGCACAAAAUGAAGUUUAAGUUCGUGAUAGGGCUGAGAGCAUUGUUGUGUUCACCAACAACUCCGUAAAUUGGCGGCAAACUCGACGGGGUAUGAUGUGGCAACGACCCCCCCCCCCAGCGGAAGCACUAAACACCAGCAUCACUCGAGAACUCUACCAGUCUAUUCCCCAAACUCCCCUUUUGUCCUCGCACAUGGAGUAGCGCAGCGGCGGAAUAUCGGCGAAACGUGCGUGUCUGGGCUCUUAGCCAGUACCUGUGCUGCCGCGUAUGGUAUCUUCCAAUGCUGGAAAAUGUUCUUUCUUGUGCCCAUUUAGUGUGAAUUAUGCCCUUAAAUUGUAUGCUUGGAGAAAGAGUGUCUUUCAGUUUUUUUUUCAAUUCCCGAACGAUUCCGGACCCAGCCUGCCUUUACAUUUGCAUUCUGGGUCUCCAGCCUACGAGCUGUGCAUUUUCCGCACAAGGAAAAUCAUGCAUAUGUGUACGCUACUAAGAAAAGAUCAUAUAGGCCGCAUAAAAUUUUGCAGUGAAUGUGGACCCCGUUGUAUACUAGAAGAAAAGCACGAAUAAAUGUGCAGAUACGAUGCUUCAUGAAUAGAAAAAUUUCACGAUUUUAAAAGAUCUCACAAAUAGAAACUUUUUUGAAACUGAAAAGUGCCCUUUAUUCGGGCGUAACAUUUAAAGAAGGCGUAAUUUUCUACCACAUGAAUACAAGAAGGGACACGUUUUCUAUAAAGCAUGUCUAAAUUUAUAAGGGCACUGAAAAGGAAUGAACAAAUGCAUGUUAUUCAGCAGUCAUUUUUUACGGUUCAAUUUUUGUAGGCGGCCCGAAAGGAGCUCGUUUGAAAGCCCGCAUCCUGGCGCGAUUGAGAUAUCUUAAGAUUAUGCUGCACGAUAGUUUACAUUAAAACCCCACUUAAUGAAUGUUUUCGGACUAAAAGCACUUUUCAGGAUUUCUUUUAACGUUUCAUGGGACUACACAUCUACUAUAUUCACGCGACGGACGAACUACAACCUAGGCACCAAGGCAGAUAGCAUGGCAUCAUGCUUUUGCGCAAAGAUAUCGACCGGACCAGAACCUGCAUGAUUCGGGAUUUAUCGCGAAAUUCUCUGCUGAAAGGGACAACGCCCUGCUAGAAAUAGUGCGAUGGACGUGCCACACCCACUAAAAACGUUUUCCAUCCGACGGUUCGACCGUCGUUACCGACGGCAAGGUGAGAGCAGGCACGGCGCGUGAAUUAGUUUACAGUGGUGGUGGACUUGCGCUGCGUCUACCACUCUCUUCCCCCCCUGGGCCCGAUGCCAAGACAGUCAAGAAGACCAGAGGUGGUAGAUGGUGCAGGUGGCUGGCACGACCUGAGCCGUCCCUAGGCGUUCCGACACCCGGUUCGUGUUCUACUGAGUCGGAGUACCUUAAAGGCCACAUUAAGAAGGAGCCAUUGCAGCCCGACUCUUAGACCACCAAUCGGCCGCUCCAUACAAACACACACUGGGCCGACUGCGAGGUCCAAGUUAUCUCGUUAGUUGGCAACCUCCCACGCCACGGCUUUUAGCGCACCGCGAUAGCCUGAAGCACGUUAGGUUGUUUGCAGUGAGGAAAAUGCAUUGGGUCGUCGACGCGACUCUCCCUUCCCAUUCUCAGGUCUGGCCACUGUCCGAGCUGGUCAGUUGACAGGUGAGGGGAAUGGGCGCGGUGGCUGACAUGGCUAGUGACCUUGUCUGCGCGUGCCACAGACACGAUCUGGCCCACCAAACACAAGCACCAGGAUCUCACACAGUGGGGGUUAGGCGGCGUACAUCUCACUGGUAUGAGAGUGCCAUAGUUCACGUUAAGAAGGAGCCUUUUCAGCCUAGUUCUCAACCCACCAGUCCGUUAUUGCACAGACACAACUGGACGGACUGCGUGGACUGAGUUGCGGCGUCAGUCAGCAGCCUUCCAAGCCGCGGUGCUUGACGCGCCGUGAUAGUCUCAGCCUCGGAUCACACAUGCAGCAGAAGAGCUGCAUUGAGAAGGGACCGAGACGCGCACUUCCCUUUUGCGUGAGAGGUGGCAGUUUGGAUGCUUGGGAUGGGUGAUGGUGUUGAGAGGUGCCGAUGCUGGUGGGGGAAGAUGAGGUGGUUUGAUGUAGCCGACGAUUGUCUACGGCAGGCUUUCUUGAGUUCGCAUGUGACCCCGUAGACCCAUGUGGUGGCUCAGUAUGCGAGGGCAGUGUUGGCAAUUGAGUCGAAUGCGUCUGGUAUAUGUUGAUGCUCCAGGCACUGGUUCGCUAGUCUCUGUGCGAUAGAUGCGCAAGUGAUCGAUCAGGCCGAUGUGUGAGGUGAGGAUUCGAUCUUAAUGGGCACAUGUAUGGACCGAGUUCACAUCGUUGGUGUUGAUGGUGGUGAAGUAGAUGUUUGUCGGUGUGUCAGGAUUGUGUGCAGUCGUGGUGGGCGCAGGAGCCGCGCAGCGGAUGUUGGGGCGACGGAGGAGGAUUGCUGUGGGGUUUAGGAGUGCGGCCAGUGUUGAUUGUCGGUGUGGGGGAGGUUGAGUGUUUGCGUUGCGGGAUGGGGGCAGUUGAGAUCUGCGGGCUCCGUGUUUAGCCUUGGCAACGGUGGUGCGGUUGACUUCGAAGAAUGCACCAGUCUUCACUACUCUCCUUCAGGUCUUCCCAGUUGGCCGGGUUGAUUUGUAGGCACUUGUCGUCGGUAACUCUCGGCGACAUCUCCCUAAAAGAGCCGCCUGAGUGGCCGCUCUUUGUCCAUCCGCAUUAGGUGGCCGUUCCAGCGCUGUUGCAGUUGUCUCAGCAUGGCGUACAUGUUGAGGAUUCCCGUAAGUUGUAGUACGUCCGUGUCCUGGAUCCGGUCCUGUCACCUCAGCUUUAGUAUCUAGCGAAGACAACUGAGGUGGAAGUGGUCGAGUCUUCGCACCUGCUUGUACACCGUUCGGUCCCGGGCAAGGUCUUCCCAGUUGGCCGGGUUGAUUUGUAGGCACUUAAGGGAAGUUUUCAGGGUAUUCUUUUAGUACCGGACCUGUCGGCGGGUACUUGUGGCGACAUCUCCAUAAAAGAGCCGUCUGAGUGGCCGCUCGUCGUCCAUCCGCAUGAGGUGGCCGUUCCAGCGCUGUUGCAGUUGUCUCAGCACGGCGUACAUGUUGAGGAUUCCCGUCAGUUGUAGUACGUCCGUGCCCGGGAUCCGAUCCUGUCUAUCGAAGACAGCUGAGGUGGAAGUGGUCGAGUCUUCGUACCUGUUUUGCAGACGACUGAAAGCUUGGCUAGCCUUAAAGAUCCGUCGCUCUAAGCUAACUGAUUGCUAAAAUAUAAACGGUGAGCAAACAAAUUCAACAGAACGGUAUUAAUCAGAACGGUAUUUUAGCUUACAACAAGGGUAAGCACAAACAAGCAGACAAAGAUGAACAAACAAGGACAAAAAAGCAAAGACAACAAAGCAAUAUUCAACUUUUCUGGGGGUCACUUACCUUGUGGCCUCUUGUGGGGUCGCUGACGAAGCCUCGUCUUGGAGGUGGCGAUACGGUUGUCCGUGAGACUUUCGACCGCAGGGUAAGGGUAAAGUAGAGCAGAGAGGGUGAAGGGCGGAGAACAGGUGCGGAGGGGUAUGAAGGGACCGGUCUUCCAGCCACUGGGUCAGUAGCUUGCUGAGUGUCCGUGACCUACUGCGGGGUUGCCUACGGAGCCUUACCUCGGAGAUGCCGGGGCAGUGAUCCAUCUGGCCAGCGGUUGAGGGAGUGGAGCCGUGUGGAGAUUGGUCUGGGUCGCCUACGUGAUUGCAUGUCGCCCUCGCUGUAGGUUUUUUCGACCGUGUGGGAAAAAAAUAGAGUAGAGAGUAGACAGAGUAGAUAGUAGAGAUGAAGAGGGAAUGAAGGGGUUAUGGACGGGAUGGGGAAGGGCAGUGGGAGCAGGGUUGCCGUGUGUGGGGAUACACACGGAUACCCUCACCUGGUUUAGCUCGACGGGGUGUGGCCGUGCUAGACAGAACCCAACUUCGCGGAGCAACAUGUGAGAGUCGAGUGCUAGUUAAUAAACGCCAGACGUAGUCUACACCAGCAAGCAAGUGAGCAGUCUACUGCGACCAUCACGUAGACCCAAAACUGAACACUCCGUUUUCCACUUACAUCAGCGCAGUCCUUAUGAGUUUCAGCUGAUUCCCUGGCUUCGCUCGGGACACUGUUUCAGGCACGGGGAUAUCGCACAUCUGAAGCUUCCAGGGAUCUCCCCAAAAGUGCAGUAUGCAUCGUAAAUGACGAAACAUCCGCUGAAGUCUUUAGAUAUACUUUUAAGUAGCGAAAGUCCCUUAUGCGAGGUCGCCGUACUCUUCUAAUCCUGCACUGCAGUGCGCCAUCGUUUAACCAUGCUCGGGAAUGGCAAAAAUCCAGGGCAUGCAAUUUCUAGUCAAUUUGUGAUGUUUGUAUAAUUCAAAUCAUAUUUACGAGGAUUGAUAUACAAGAAUUCAUGUUCUUUAGUCAUUUAGUACGAACGUAUGCUCUUUUUGGAGUUUUCCAUUUAGGGGUUCAAGCAUUUCGGUCUAAGAAAAUUUUAUACAUAUUUAAAAUAUGAUCUGCGUUUUCAUUUGUUCCCGAGAGUUCCAAGCUAUAAUCACUGUUGGACUUGGCAUGAACACUUGAUUUUUCUUCUAGACUAAGUGAUUCUUCCCCGAUUUAUUAGGUUCAUCAACCCUGAACCGGAAUAUCAGAGGGCUUUUAACGACGAAUUGGACGCUUUUCGCAAACGCAUUCGCGCUCGUGCUGAGGUCAAGGUCCAGGAGGCGGUGGAGCGCUACGAAGAAGUAGGUGCUUCAGUAACGACAAACUGCCCUUUGACCAGCUUCUCUUGAACUUCUUAUAAUCUUCACUUAUGUCUUUCUAGGAAGAACGCAAGAAGCGUCUCGGUCCUGGCGGUCUUGAUCCACUCGAGGUUUUCGAAAGCCUAACCCCGGUAAAGGGCGCUAUGCCUAUUUCGCGAGUUUUUAUCCAGUCGAAUUUUUUAAAAAUUACUACUGACGUGUUGUAAGUAUGGUUUUUUGUAUGUUUAAGGAACUGCAAGAGUGCUUCAAAAACCAGGACGUGGAACUGUUAAAAACUACCCUCUCCAAAAUGGAUCCACACGAGGCUGAGGCAGUAAUGAAACUCUGUAUCGAUAGCGGGCUCUGGGUUGAAAAUGCAAACGCUGCCACGGGAGAUGAAGGCGAUGCCUCGGCUUCAAAGGAGACUGAAGAGCAGGGUGAAGAAAAACCCGCGAGCACCAAUGAAUGA